AUGAUAUCUUGCCCGUUCCCUGGUUCCUUCUGUAUCAACGGUAUAACGCUGAUGAAGUUGACUAUCUAUGCCAUAAUUGCCGGGGAAGAUGAUUUGGAAACAAUCUCCAUUAUAUUUGAGGUCUUCAGACUGUACGGUCAUAACAUGUCUUGUGGUACGAAUGCCUUCGAUAGAUUCAGAGGUGAAGAUAGUAGGUUCAAGGAGACUCUAGCCAGAGAUGUUAGAGGAAUGCUACAGUUGUUCCAAGUAGCUCAUCUGGGGACACCUUCUGAAGACAUAAUGGACGAAGCGCUGAGUUUCACACGGAACCACUUGGAGUCUUUAGAUGGCCAUAACGCAUCCAGUGCUAUUGCUCCCCAUCUCUUCAAGCAUAUACAAAACGCACUAUACAUACCUCGAUACGGUAACAUAGAAGUACUAGUGGCUAGGGAAUAUAUUUCUUAUUAUGAACAAGAUGAAAGUCACAAUGAGAUCAUUCUCAAGUUUGCAAAGCUUAACUUCAAUUUCUGCCAAUUUCUUUGCAUCCAAGAAAUCGAAACUCUCACCAGAUGGUGGAAGGACUUAGAUCUUGCAUCUAAGUUACCUCACAUUAGGGAUAGAGUUGUGGAGUGCCAUUUUAUGUCUUUAGGAGCAUAUUUCGAGCAGCAAUAUUCACUUGGUAGAAUCAUAGUGGCCAAAAUCACGAUGAUCGUGGUUGUCGUGGAUGACACAUAUGACGCAUAUGCAACUCUUAUAUGA